GUUGUUGAGUGGACCAAAUCCUUUGUGGGCAAUCCUAUUAAGAGGUAGUAGUAGUGUGAAGUGGAAUACAGUGGAGUGCAUUAGUGGAGUUGAGGGGACCUGUUGCUCUGUAGACAAUCAUCUUAGUGAAGUGGUCAUAUGACCAGCCCACUUGGGCAGGAUCAGUAUGAACCCCUGUGGACAGUCACACUGUGGUGGGCUAAGGGGAGACCACAACACAGCACACAUCCAAUGAUCAGCACCUACUUGGAGCCAGUCAAAGGACACUUAUGCCUCUCCAGAAGGAUACGCUCAGAGACGUCUGGACAGAUGACAGGUCUCAAGAAAGUCAAGAUGUGGCCACUCCACAGAAGAAGCCAAAGAAGAAGAAGGCAGAGUCAGCCAGCCCAGCCACCAAUGGUGCCGAUGCCAAGCCCAAAAAGAGCAAGAGCAAGAAGAGCGAAGAGCUGUCUGGAGAGGAGAGUCCUGCUGUUCAAAAUGGAAAAAAGGUAAAGAAAAAGAAACCAGACGAAGAAAAGCCAGAAAAGGAAAAAGGGAAAGACAAAGACGAGCCAAAGAAGAAAACAAAAAGUGUGCCAGAGAAAAAGAAAGGUUCAGAUACAGAAGAAGAAGAUGAUGAGGAAGAGACUCCACACAAAAAGACAAAGAAAAAGACCACAAAAGAAGGUUCUGGCAAAGAGAAGAAACCCAAAGCUAAAGAUGACAAAGAGUAUGACAAAAAAUCGAAGAAAGACACCAAGAAAAAGGAACCAGCUUCUCUGUUCUGUGUAAAUGGAGAUAUGGAUAAGUCAGACGCCAAGAGCAAGAAGAAAGCCAAAUCUGAUAGUGAUGACAGUGAACCAGAAACCAAGUCCAGCAAGUCAAAAUCAAAGAAGAAGGAGAACGCCAACCCGGCAUCCAUGUUCGCAGCAGGGGGAGACAAGGAUAAAGACAAGGAUAAAGACAAGGACAAAGACAAGAAGAAGAAGAAGAAAGCCAAAGCAUCAGAGAGUGAUGAUUCUGAAUCCGAGGCAGAAAAAGGGACAAAAAAUAAAAAGGGAAAAAGGAAGAAGAAGAAGAAGGAGGAGAGGCCUCCAUCCCCAGACAUUGAGUUUGACAGCCUGGAGGAGUUUGUCCUGCAGCCAGCCCAGCAGGGGGUGACGGUCAAAUGCAAGAUGACCCGGGACAAGAGGGGCAUGGACAAAGGCUUGUACCCCACAUACUAUCUCCACCUCGACAAUGAAAAGAAGGUCUUUCUACUGGCUGGGAGAAAACGAAAGAAAAGCACAACCUCCAAUUACCUUAUCUCCAUAGACCCCACAGACUUGUCAAGAGGUGGAGAAAAUUUCAUUGGAAAGUUGAGGUCCAAUAUGAUGGGCACUAAGUUCACAGUGUUUGACAAUGCUCUGCACCCAGACAGAGCACUACCAGACAUGUCCAAUGCUCGCCAAGAACUAGCAGCCAUCAUUUAUGAAACUAAUGUCUUAGGAAUAAAGGGUCCCAGAAAGUUGACCGUCAUCAUCCCAGGGAUGGGCAAAGACAGUGAACGAGUACCCAUCCAACCUCGCAGUGACAACAAUGGUUUACUGAUGAAGUUCCAGAACAGAAAGAUGGACAAUCUGAUCGAACUCCACAACAAGACCCCCACAUGGAAUGAUGACACGGCGUCCCAUGUGCUGAACUUCAACGGCAGGGUCACACAGGCCUCCAUCAAAAACUUUCAGAUCAUCCACAGCAAAGAUGAGGCCUAUAUUGUAAUGCAGUUUGGACGAGUAGCAGAUGAUGCUUUCACUCUGGACUAUAGCUACCCAAUGUGUGCAGUGCAGGCCUUUGCCAUCGCUCUAUCCAGCUUUGAUGGCAAAAUAACCUGUGAAUAACAGGAAACCAUGGGCCCUGGUGCCUCCUCAAGCUGCUGCAACUCGUUAUACUACAGAUGCACACUACCAGAAAGAAGAAUUUCGUUCACCAUUUUUUAACACUCAACAUAAGUGCAAGGUGCAUAAAAGGAUGGAAGGAUGGAUGUCUUAGACGAGAUGGUGGGUCCCAAGUGCAUUUGAUAACACAUGGACUGUCUCUGUGAUUGUUUUGUUUGUUAGCGUCUCAUGCACAGGAGGCUGCUGAGGGGAGGACGGCUCAUAAUAACGUCCGGAACGGAGCUGAUGGAAUGGCAUCAAACACCUG